AUGCCUAUAAAUUACGAGCAAGUUACUGUUGCUCCUUUGGUGCUACUUUCUGUUUUAGAUCACUAUAAGCGUACGAAUACGCCAGAGCACAAGAGAUGUGUUGGGGUUAUUUUGGGUGACAGUUCGUCUUCUUCAAUCAGAGUAACCAAUUCUUUUGCGUUGCCUUUUGAGGAGGAUGAAAAGAAUCCAGAUGUGUGGUUUUUGGAUCAUAACUAUAUAGAGAGCAUGAAUGAAAUGUGCAAAAAGAUUAAUGCAAAGGAGAAAAUGAUUGGAUGGUAUCAUAGUGGUCCGAAGUUGAAAUCGUCAGAUCUAAAAAUCAACGAUUUAUUUAAGAAGUAUUCUGAUGGAAAUUCUUUGCUUUUGAUCGUAGAUGUCAAACAACAGGGGGUUGGUCUUCCUACGGAUGCGUACAUGGCAGUUGAACAAGUCAAGGAUGACGGGAGCUCCACUGAAAAGACGUUUGUUCAUUUACCUUCCACAAUUGAGGCAGAAGAAGCAGAAGAAAUUGGUGUUGAACAUCUAUUACGAGAUGUGCGUGAUCAGGCCGCAGGAAACCUAUCAAUUAGGUUGACUAAUCAACUUAAAUCUUUAAAAGGACUACAACGCAAAUUGAGAGACAUUGUAGAAUACUUAGACAAAGUUAACAAGGGCUUGUUACCAGCUAACCACAUCAUCUUGGGCAAAUUACAAGAUGUCUUCAAUCUUCUACCUAAUUUGGGGUCGCCAGACGAUGAUGAGCUAACGGGAAAAAACGAAGACAUUGUUAAUGCUUCCAACAACUUGCAAAAAGCUUUAACUGUAAAAACCAACGAUGAGCUAAUGGUCAUAUACACUAGUAAUUUGAUGAGAACCAUUAUUGCUUUUGACAAUUUGAUCGAGAACAAAAUCCAAAAUAAGAAAUUACAAGAAAGCAAAUUUGAGCCAGAGCAACUUGCAAAGGAAGAGAUCAAGCAGCAAGAAUCAACAAAGGCAUAA